GGGGAGGCAGUGUUGCUGCAAUCCCGGGCACCGGGCGACGCUCCCAGCAGCAGAAAGUGGGGGCUCUCCCCGGGGACUAAACAGCGCCCCGCAUUGCGGCGUCACUCUCAUCCCCGCGGGCUUGUCCCGUUUCCUCUGUCGCCCAUUGUGGGCUUGGCUUGGUGCCGCCUGCCCUUUCACCUCCCACGCGGGGUCCUGCGGGUUCCCAUACCCAGUCCCCGGUGCUUGUGAUGUUACCUGAUUGCCGCUGGGGACAUCAAGGCACAAAGAGGGCUCGGGCCGCGUUGGAGGUCACCGGCCGGGGCUGAGUUGCUUCUGGUCGUCCGUCCUCUGCCAGGUGACCCAGGGAUAGCAUUUCUCCGGAGCUGCUGCCCCCGCCCGGGGGGAUGGGCGCAACCACGCCAGAUGGACGAGAAGACCAAGAAAGCGGAGGAGAUGGCCCUGAGACUCAGCCGAGCCGUGGCAGGCGGGGAUGAAAAGGUGGCAGUGCAGUGUGCCAUCUGGCUGGCAGAGCAGCGGGUGCCCCUGAGUGUGCGACUAAAGCCUGAGGUCUCCCCAACACAGGAUAUCAGGCUGUGGGUGAGCGUGGAGGAUGCUCAGAUGCACACAGUCACCAUCUGGCUCACAGUGCGUCCUGACAUGACCGUGGCUUCCCUCAAGGACAUGGUAUUCCUGGACUAUGGCUUUCCGCCCGUCCUGCAGCAGUGGGUGAUUGGGCAGCGGCUGGCCCGGGACCAGGAGACCCUGCACUCCCAUGGGGUGCGGCGGAAUGGGGACACUGCCUACCUCUAUCUGCUGUCAGCCUGCAACACCUCACUCAACCCUCAGGAGCUGCAGCGGGAGAGGCAAUUGCGGAUGCUGGAAGAUCUGGGCUUCAAAGACCUCACGCUGCAGCCCCGGGGCCCCCUGGAGCCUGCCCCCGCGAAGCCCGGAGUCCCCCAGGAGCCGGGGCGGGGCCAGCCCGAUGCCACGCCGGAACCCCCGCCGGUGGGCUGGCAGUGCCCGGGCUGCACCUUCAUUAACAAGCCCACGAGGCCGGGCUGCGAGAUGUGCUGCCGGGCGCGGCCUGAGGCGUAUCAGGUCCCCGCCUCAUACCAGCCGGACGAGGAGGAAAGAGCACGCCUGGCCGGCGAGGAGGAGGCGCUGCGCCAGUACCAGCAGCGGAAGCAGCAGCAGCAGGAGGGGAACUACCUGCAGCACGUCCAGCUGGAUCAGAGGAGCCUGGUGCUGAACACCGAGCCCACCGAGUGCCCCGUGUGCUACUUGGUGCUGGCGCCCGGCGAUGCCGUGGUGCUGCGUGAGUGUCUGCACGCCUUCUGCAGGGAGUGUCUGCAGGGCACCAUCCGCAACAGCCAGGAGGCGGAGGUCUCCUGCCCCUUCAUUGACAACACAUACUCGUGCUCGGGCAAGCUGCUGGAGCGGGAGAUCCGGGCGCUGCUGCCCCCUGAGGAUUACCAGCGGUUUCUGGACCUGGGUGUCUCCAUCGCGGAAAACCGCAGUGCCUUCAGCUACCACUGCAAGACCCCGGACUGCAAGGGAUGGUGCUUCUUUGAGGAUGACGUCAACGAGUUUACGUGCCCGGUGUGCUUCCACGUCAACUGCCUGCUCUGUAAGGCCAUCCACGAGCAGAUGAACUGCAAGGAGUACCAGGAUGACCUGGCCCUGCGAGCUCAGAACGAUGUGGCCGCCAGGCAGACGACAGAGAUGCUCAGGUCCAUGCUGCAGCAGGGCGAGGCCAUGCACUGCCCGCAGUGCCGGAUUGUGGUGCAGAAGAAGGACGGCUGUGACUGGAUGCGGUGCACUGUCUGCCACACGGAAAUCUGCUGGGUCACCAAAGGCCCGCGCUGGGGCCCUGGGGUGAGUGCUCUGGAGAUCAGGGGCUUGGGAGUGCUGUGGGGCGGUGUCCUGGGGGUCCUGCCCGAGAACAGGGCACAGCCCCUGGGCCAGGUCUGACCACUGCCUGUAUUCAUGCAGCUGGUAAAGUAAGAAUGUUCUUUACAUUUUUUAAAUGUUUGAAAAGUACCAAGAAAAGAAGACUGUCUUGUGAGCUGUGAAAGUGACAUGAAAUCCAAGUGUCUGUCCGUACGUAGCAUGUUCCGGGAGCACUGCCCUAUACAUCCCCUGUGGCCCGUGUGCGGCUGCGUUCGCGCCACAGGUGGGGACUGUAUGGACCCAGCAACCUGAAGGACCCGGCCCCCACCCCACCAAGGGCGGCGAGGCGGCUUCAGUCUGGGGGUGUACGGCAGCAGAGGCAGAGUGGCCCCCAGCACCAGCGCGCCCUGGCCUUGUGGUUAGGCCGUUCAUCUGGAACCCAGAGAUGCCGGCAGGGAUGGGGCUGGGGCCUCUCGCCCGCUCUCCCAAGUCAGCUGGAAACGCGCAUGGGGUGCUCCGUGGCAGCCUGUGGGUGAGCGUGGAGGCAGCUGCCUUUAUCAGGAAUGUGGUCGUGGAGACGGGCUCAGCAUUGUGUACUGCCGGACGCCAGGAGAGACGGAGGCAGAGGGAGCUGCCCUCUCUCCAGGGCCCGGGCAUGAGCCCACCCAGGAUAGGCAAGGGUGAUCCAUCACAUCCUUUGGCUGCUCUGGGUCCAGGGGAGCAUAGACUGAGACCACGUACUUAGGGGUGCCAUGGGAGCCCAGAAAGGUCUUACUGCCUCCACCAAGUAGCUGAGGCCGAGAGAGCCGUUGGUAGCAGGAGGACCUGCCUGAGCAAAGGCCUGGAGUGGGAACGUACAGCGCUUGGGGGUGUGAUGGAGCAGCCCGGCGGAGGGCCCUUUCUUAACCGCCAUGACCUUCUCUCCUCCCCAUCCUCUAGGGCCCAGGAGACACCAGCGGGGGCUGCCGUUGCCGGGUGAACGGGAUUCCUUGCCACCCCAGCUGUCA